AGAAAAGAGAGCGAGAGAGCGAGACUUGAGUGAGCAGGCUAGAGAGAUGGUGUUGGGAGGGAGAAAAGUGUAAGCCAGUCGCAGCAUCUCUCUUCACUGCACCAGGGCUGAGGGACUCCUCGUCCCCUCUCUUCCCUCGCUGCAGAUUUAACUCAUUUCUAUCAGCGCAAUCAUCUUUUUUKAAUUCAUUUAUUUUUUUGGGGGKUUGUUGCUUUGGAUAGAUGCAUUCCAUUCAGUUCCUUUCUAAUGAUGAGAUCCAAGGAUUUAUUUAUUGAAAACAUCAGUCGCUCUUUCCAAGGUAAAAGGGACCAUUCGGAAAAGGACACUGCUAAAAACUGGGACUCCAACUGGGAAUUUUUGUUUUUUAAUCUUUUUUUUUUUCAUCUUUUUUUUUUGCGCUGCUAGAGUGGAUUCCUCUUUUUGUUGUGCCGCCAGUGUUUUGUUCACAACAAAUAACCAACUGACAGAGGACUAAAAGAUGAGGUGAUAAGACCCCCACACUUUUACAACUUCAGUGACAAUUCUUGGUUUCCUGAAGCACUCGAGGAGAAGACGUCAGGUUGCACCAACCACUGCCGGUGCUUCAGUAUCAGAGCAAAAAUGCCGGGUGCAAGUGUAUGGGAUAAAUGAUUUCUGUGUGCCACAGGAUUGCUGAGGAGUUAAAGUGAGGGGAGCACUGAAAUAGUCAGCCGGCCUCUGCUCCUGCUCCUUGCUCCUGGAGAGUCCUUCCAUCUGCCUGCCUGGGAGUAAAUGGUAAUCUGACAGUCAGCACCUUAAUCGGCUGCAGGACAUUAACUUUCUUUUUUUUUAUCUGCAGCUUGCAGUCCACAACACCAUUUGUAAUUUUGGAUCUCAUCUGUAGAUUACUUUAUUGAUGGAACAUAAACAUUUUGGUGGGCUUAUUUUAUUUUUAUUUUUAUCUCAUUCUGCCAGGAGAUGCCUUGUAAACACGUUUUCCCCCACUAUCAUAUGUUCUGAGAGAGCUGUGACAAUAUCUACUGUGGAGAUCCCUGUGUUGUUGUAGCCUGUGUCUGUGUUUUGAUUCAGACAAUAGCUGGGCAUACAUGGGAUUCAGACACUGACCAGAGGAGCACCAAAAUAAAGGAAGCUUGCUGUUAUGCAGUAAAAACCCCUACCGCUCACAGCAAAGUGAAUUUUUGGAUUGAAGCAAAAAAUCUUUUUUUUGUUUGUUUUUUCACACCCCCAAGAAAAAGGCUUCCUAAAUCUUUUUUUAAAGGUAACAGAAGACAAACGUAACCUUUCUUUAAGUCUAAAAUUGGAGCCAUAAGCACUUGUAUUGCCUUUGAUAGUCUGCCUGCAGAGAGAGUAUUAUACUCUGUUUUGUGCUUUAACCUUGAUUUGUUCCUCACAUCUUCUGUGCUCUCUGCCGUGUGACAACAGUUUAAAUCCCCAACCUGCUGGUGGAAACUUUCAUCAAAAUCAUGCGUUGAUCCCAACAGACCGGGACAUAAAGCAGCAGGAAAACUCGCCUUUGGGAUGGAUGCUGUCAGCAGCACUAUUGUUCCCUCACAUUACCUUCACUGAAGGAAUAACUCUCUCUUUUUUUCUACUCCUGACAUAUCCACCAAGUACUUUCACCUACCAUGUAUGAUUGGAAAGCAGAGACAAACAGGUUGUCCUAUCCUCCCAGAGGCUGUAUUGAUUUUCCUGCAGUCUUUGUUCAUUUGAUUGAGACCCAGCUAUGUGAGAGAAAGGUGAACAAAAUCUCGAGUGUGCUGGAGAAAAUAUUGAACUUUGUGAAGUGAGUGAAGCUGCAGACGCCUGGUGGAGAACUGGAGGGGGGGACUGGCAGUUGUCCAGUUUCAGGACAGCCGCCUCAUGGGUGGCUCACCACAAAACUGACUCGCUUGGUUAGCACCAAGAACAAUGAACCAGUCUGAACUGACGGUGGACCCCAUGAUUUCUGCAAACAACAGCCAUACAGAUUUCUUUCCUGACAGGGUGUCCAACCACUCCUGUCCCCUGGGCUGGGGGUCGAAAGAAGGCCUGGAGGCUUGCAUCCUGGAGACUGCCGUCAUUGUGCUUCUGACAGUGCUCAUCAUUGCAGGAAACCUGACUGUGAUCUUCGUGUUUCACUGUGCUCCUUUGCUGCAUCACUACACCACCAGCUAUUUCAUCCAGACUAUGGCCUAUGCUGACUUACUGGUUGGUCUUAGUUGCUUAGUGCCAACUUUGUCUCUGCUCCACUACCCAGCAGGUGUCCAGGAACCAAUUACAUGCCAAGUUUUCAGCUAUGUCAUUUCWGUUCUGAAGAGCGUGUCGAUGGCAUGCUUGGCCUGUAUCAGCGUGGACCGCUACUUGGCCAUAACUAAACCGCUGUCGUACAAUCAGCUGGUGACACCGUGCCGACUGCGAGGCUGCAUCGCCCUCAUCUGGGUCUACUCGAGCCUGGUUUUCUUGCCCUCCUUCUUUGGUUGGGGCAAGCCAGGAUAUCACGGGGAUAUAUUUGAAUGGUGCGCUCAAUCGUGGCCCACCUCUGCCCUCUUCACAGGCUUCGUUGUGUGCUUUCUGUACGCGCCCGCUGCGCUUGUGGUCUGCUUUACCUAUUAUCACAUUUUUCGCAUUUGCCAGCAGCACAACAGGGAAAUCAGUGAACGGCGGGCACGCUUUCCCAGCCAAGAGAUGGAGACUGGUGAGGGGAAUAACGGUGGGCACCAUGGAGGGCAUGGGCCAGAUAGGCGCUAUGCUAUGGUGCUCUUUCGAAUCACGAGUGUUUUUUAUAUGCUCUGGCUGCCCUACAUAAUCUACUUUCUUCUAGAAAGCUCCCAUGUUCUCAAUAGUCCUGCCCUGUCCUUUAUCACCACCUGGUUGGCCAUUAGCAACAGCUUUUGCAACUGUGUAAUCUACAGCCUGUCAAACAGCGUAUUCCGCCUGGGCAUGCGCAGACUGUCGCAGACUAUGUGCUCCUUUAGCCAUUGCGCUGCAGAUGAAAGAGACUUAAGAGAGCCCAAACCAAGAAAGAGAGCCAACUCGUGCUCCAUCUGAGGGGAAAUUGCUUAGAGUGUGGAAAAACAGAUCUUAAAGCUUAAUGGCUAUUUAACUUACCGUUAAACUGGCAGGGCUGAAUUUCUUUUUUACCCUUUUGGUGAUACCAUGUAUGUUACCUCAUGCGUAAAAAAAGAUAAUUAAAAUGCAAGUUUUCAAGGAGAUGGACAGAGUCUAGAUGGGCAAAUUUAAUGAUGGCUUUCAUUUAGUAGUUCUACGGUUUUUACAUUCCAGGGGUUGUUUUCUUCCGCAUAAGACUUAGCAUUCAGCAGACAGUGCUAUAAAUUUUUAAUUAAUACAAAUAAGAGUCCAAAUGUGACCUUUUCACCUCAUGCUUGUCCAUCUAAACAAAUCUGUUUACCUGUUUCACUGGAUUUCUUUAUAAUUUCCUGUGACUGUCGGUCAUAAAUGAUGUGUGCAUUUAUUUGUGGCCAACAUCCUGUUUAAGGCGGUUCUUAGAUGCUUUACGGAUGUAAGUAUGCAGAUUUGACCAUUACAAUAGCUGCUGGUAAAUAUCAAACUGUUUUUGGCCAUGACUGUUGUUUGGGGAAAGUGAGCAGUUUUUUUCUGCUCUUUUUUUUUAAAUUUCCUCCUAAGAAAGUGAAAAACAUAGUAAUGAUGUCAAGUGGUUUGCCACUUUUUCACUUUUGCCAGCCAUUGAUCUGACUGUUGAAUUUGGAGUCUAGUGGUCAGCUUUAUAAUGGUCUUUAAUUUAUAAGGAUUUUUGUUAGCUCAUUCAGUUUCCACUCAUUUGGUUGUUUUGAAAUCCACCAUAUAUGGUUGAUCACCUAAUAAUUAGUGCACUUUUACUGAAAAGCACCUUGUUUUUAAUGAAAAGACCAAGGAUUGGGAUGUUUUUUCCCAGUAUUUUAAACUUAAGUCUUUAUAUUGAGGGCAGUAGGUUGAUGCUCUCAGCAGUUAAUCAUCACAGUGAAUUUAACCUAUUUUAUCAAUUUGAUCCCUUAAAAUAGUCAAGAAUUUGCUGUUUUCAUCUGGAUUCUCGACUUGCAGUGACUUUUUAAAAAUAAUUAGCCACCAUCAAAAACGUUUUUUAAUCUAAUAGAGCAAAUAUUCUGAGUUGCACCUCUUAGAUUUUGCCUUUAACCCACAGUUUCAAAUUGCUAUGAAAAUUUAUUUUAAUAGAAGUGUAAACUUCAUGUUUUAAACAGGCUUUGGAUGACUUGGUUCUGUUCAAAAAAUGGUAGUAGAUUUAUUUUGCUGCAGCAGUGAAUGCAGUCUUAGAUUAUUGUAAUCUGAUGUAGUUUGACACUGCUGUGAGGACAAAACCCCACUGAUUUGAAAAUUUUUACACUUGGCAUGUGUUAAAGAGUGCUUUUUUUAUUUCUAUCUUAUUUCAUUUUAAUCUUUACUACUACUUUUUCUGCUAGUAAAUAUGACCGGUUACAGCGCUAACCAGAAAUCCAUUUUGUCCAGAUGACUUAAUGCCUAAUGUUUAGUCUUUCCUGGACAAAUCUUUAACCCAGUUUUUUUUUACUGUGCAUGUGUCAUUUGUGCCAAGUGACAAAGAAUAGUUCAGCAGAUAACAUUUAUGUGGGCUUUAUAUUGGAUGUAGGGAAUUAUUUUUAGUUUGACUAAUUCAUUUUUUAUUUCAUUACUGUACCCUCCGAACUAAGUGACUUUCCUAAAUUUUGGACCUUUGCUAUAUAAAGCAGAUUCAAUAGGUUGUCAAAGGAGUUUAAUUGUGAUUCUCACCUUUUGCUCAAGAUCAGUGGUGUAUCUAUUCCAGCUCUAAUCGUUAGAUUCAAGAUAAAAUAUAUUUCAUUUUGCAGAAAAAUAAAAACUUAAUAUUUUAUAUAAAAAAUAUACAGAUGUCCCUUUAUUCAUAGGUUGUUGUUUAGACCUCGCAGGUAGUGUCUGUUCCAAACGGUUUGGUUCAGAACAAGCAAGAAUAACAAAUCUAGCCCUUUGAUAUUAAAAUAGUUUAUUUUUGGUUUUAUGCUGCUUAAGUGUACUUUGUGUAAGCUGUCCCUUAAUGUAAAACUUUUUUUUUACUUUUUGUAAGCAGGAGGGUUCAGCUUUCUGCUUUUAUUUAUUUAUUUUUUUGUGCGUUGUGUAGAAAUCUGUCAAUCGCACAUUCACGUGAACAUGAACUAUGUGAACAUUUCAGCUGAAUCAUCUCUCCCCUUUUUGAAUGUAAUUGCAGUAUUGUUUUUAAGCCAAGAUUCACAGUAGAAAAAUGUCUCUUUUGGGUUAUCUACAGAUCUACUGCCUUCAUGUUAAURAUAAUCAAGAACAGAUUCUGUGUUGCUUUAAAAGUAUUGCUUUAUGCAGUUUUAAUGCACUACAAGUUGCUCUUUGUAUGUGCCUAAACAUGUGUUUUGUAGGGGAAACAUGUUGAUGUAAUUAGCAUUACAUAGACAUGCUGCAUUUUUAAAAAAUCUUUCCAGCUGCAUAAACAUACAUUGUCACACUGUACCCUUUAAAGGGACAUCAGAUUUUCCUUUUAAUAAUUUUGUGAUACCUUCAGUUAGGUCCACUUGAACAAAAAGUUGUUUUAGUCUUGUUUAACAGUAAAUAUGUUUUCUUCCUUCAAGUGGCUAAGUUGUUGAGGUCUUCAUUUAUAGUGUAACAAAACAUGGCGAAUUUGUCCUUGUCUUUCAGUGCCAYGAUACCUUUCAAUAAUAACAAAAGGGAAGCACUGCAAAACCAGUACUUGGUUUAUUUAAUUUCAGUAGGAUGUGUUUUUGGUGCUUCUUUUUAGCAUGGUGCAGUGAGGUGGUAGGUAAAAUUUAUAGCAACUGUGCUGGUCUGUCCUGUAUAAUCUUGACAAUGUGGUAACAAACAACAUAUAAUGAUAAAAAGUAACAUUUUGUAAUAACAUAACCUAAACUGGCUCAUUUAUUCUAAUACAUUUAGAAGUGAAAAUAAUGACUUCUCUUAUCUUAAACUCCCAGAUUGCUGUGAUUGGUCGGAAGUUGCACAAAUAUUCCUUGACUUAGUAGGAUAUUUUCAUCAUAUUACUGGUGUUUUACAGAAACAAUCCCAGAGCCACUUAYUGAAUACUUAAAAAAAUAGUUUGUGUCUGCAUUGCACUAACCAUAAAGUGGUAGGAAAUUUAAAAAAGUAAAAUGUGUCUCGUUAAAAACUCCUCUUGUUUUUAAAGUGCAUUGAAACAAACUUUUACCUAAGAGUUUAGAAGAUAAUAGAUGUCUAUUUAUAAAUUAUCAAAUUGUGAACAGAUCUUUAAAGAAUAUACUGUAUAUAAUACUAUAUGAAAAGUGUGUGUAAAUGUUUGUACUCUGCCGUAACGCCACAUCACCCUUCAAAACAAAAUAAAAUGAAAGGUUAAUCCAA